ACUGGGCCAAUCUUAUCUCACUCGAGCGGUACGUAUCCCCUGCAGCCGCACAGCCCGAGACCGAUUGACCUGAGCCUGGGCCUGAAAGUUCCAGGUGGCCAGGUCGCUGGAUUGCGCUUCUUUUUGAAACGUCGACAAAGAAUCACAGGAGCAUCGAGUCUGCCGCUCUCACCUGCGCCUUUGGGCUUCUUAAUUUCCGUCCAUCGAAUUUAUCCUCAUCCUGACCCCGUAGAAACCGCCAAAAUGGAUUGGAACAACCUCAAGGACACGGUCUCCAACAUGACCUUGUACGACGUCAAGGCCGGCGUGAGAAAGGUCCAAAAUGCCGUGAUGAAUUAUACGGAAAUGGAGUCCAAGGUCCGAGAGGCGACCAACAACGAACCCUGGGGCGCGUCCUCAUCGUUGAUGCAGGAGAUUGCCAACGGCACCUUCAACUACGCCACCCUUAACGAGAUCAUGCCCAUGAUCUACCGUCGAUUCACAGAAAAGUCCGCCGAAGAGUGGCGGCAAAUCUACAAGGCUCUUCAGCUUCUCGAGUUCCUUAUCAAGCACGGCUCCGAACGUGUCAUCGAUGAUGCCCGCGGUCAUAUUACACUACUGAAGAUGCUUCGCCAGUUCCACUUUAUCGAUCAGAAUGGAAAAGACCAAGGAGUCAAUGUUCGCAACCGUGCCAAGGAAUUGGCGGAACUCUUGGGCGACGUCGAGCGGAUCCGAACGGAGCGCAAGAAGGCGAGAGCCACCAAGAACAAAUACACCGGUGUCGAGGGUGGAAUGAGCAUGGGAGGAGGUUUCUCAAGCGGCAGCGGCAGUCGCUACGGAGGCUUCGGAAGCGAGACCGGAGGCUACGGUGGCUAUUCCGGAGGCGUCUAUGGUGACGGUGGUGGAUUCGGCGGCGAAGAGAGCAGCGACUACAGCAGAACACAGGCACACGGUGACAAGUUUGAGGAAUAUGACGAGUUUGACGACACUCGUCCGGCUGCCAGCUCUUCGGCGUCUCGCUCCAAGAGACCAGAGCGGGCUGCGGCUGCCACCCCCAAGGCUGAGCCGCCCAAAAAGAAGGAACCCGAAGUCGACCUCUUCUCCUUCGACGACCCUGUGCCAUCUUCUAUGCCAGCCCCCGUUGCCCCGGCACCCUCCAACGGCUCUGGUUUCGCCUCCCUUUCCGCUGCUCCGGCGGCUGCUAAUGAUGACGACGACUUUGACGACUUCCAGUCCGCGCCGUCGGCUCCUGUAGCAGCCACCCCCCUAUCCCCUCCUGUCAUGACCGCCAACUCUGCCACGACCUUCGCCGCUCCCCAGCCGGUGUCAGCGCCCCAGCAGGCCAAUAUCGGCAACAUGGUCAGCAUGUCUUCUAUGUCACCCGCUCCGAGCGCCAAUUACUCCGCUUUCAGCACCCCCGCCGUCGCCUCCCCCGCAGCCCAGAUCAAGCCCACCGGUUAUCAGCCAUCAGGGCCCAACUACUUUGGUUCCGUUCAAACUCCUGUUCCCCAGAACAUAGGUGGUUCUUUUGCGUCUACUCCUGGUGCGGCGGCGGCGAAGCCAGCUUCGGCCGCUGCUAAGCCGGCAGCUGCAGGCGGCGAUGCCUUCGGCGCCCUGUGGUCACAGGCUAGCUCCGGCGUGAAGAAGACGAGCACACCCACCAAUGGCCCAGCCUUGGGUCAGCUUGCGAAGGAGAAGAGCAGCGCUGGCAUUUGGGGCGCUCCCGCCGCGGCGUCUACACCAAAACCUGCUGGUAACUCCUCCUCCACCGGCGGAAACCACGGCUUGGACGAUUUGCUUGGCUAG